AUGUCUUCUAAAAGUGAAAUUGUCUACAAGCCAAUUUCUGCACCUCUUAUUGGAGAAAACGGCUAUCGAGGAUUCCUAAAAGUGACCGAAAUUCUUCCAAAGGGGUGGAAAGCAAAUGACUCAUCACGAGUUCUCUCCACGGAUAUUCUGGUCGAUCAUGAUGUCGAACUCAAAAUGCGUGAUGGCUGUAAGAUAUACGCAGACAUCUACCGCCCAACAUAUUCAAACAAGGAGAGUCCAGUUCCCGCAAUUGUAUCUUGGAGCCCCUUUGGAAAAAAGUUCAAUGGGGCUCGUUUCCUGCAAACCAUGACACCAUAUAAUAUGGGAAUCAAAGCAGAUGAUCUCAGUGGUUUGGAGAAAUUCGAGGGACCGGACCCAGCAGAUUUUGUUCCCCACGGGUUUGCUGUGGUCAAUGUUGAUCCACGCGGGAUAGGAGACUCUGAAGGGCUAUGUCACAUCAUGGGCCCUCAAGAGGGUGAGGACGGAUAUGACGCGAUUGAGCAUCUGGCUAAACUCGAGUGGUGCAAUGGUCGCAUUGGAAUGGCAGGAAACUCACAUUUAGCCGUUGUACAGUGGUUUGUCGCCCAGCUUCAGCCACCUUCACUAAAAGCGAUAGCACCAUGGGAAGCCUGUAGUGACUUGUUCAGAGAACAGUUUGUCCGUGGGGGAGUCUUCGCUGGAACCUUCUACGACCAUAUCACUAGCGCGAUGAUCCGAGGUCGAAAUGGGAUGGAAGAUUUCGGUGAGAUGUAUCGACGGAGCCCACUUGCGAAUUCCUAUUGGGACAGCAAGCGCCCGGAUAUGACAAAAGUCCGGGUACCGGCGUACAUAACUGCGUCGUUCAAUAGCUUCCUCCAUACAAUGGGCUCCAUCAGAGGAUAUAUGGAGAUAAAGCACGACAGAAAAUGGAUUCGAUUCAGCCCAUAUCAGGAGUGGCAUGACCAAUGGGCGGUGGAGGAUUCAACGCAAGAAUUAAUCUCCUUCUUCACACGCUAUCUCUAUGAUGUGGAGAAUGACUGGGAGAAAACACCCCACGUCCGUUUGUGCACGCUUCGUUUUGGCCAUUUGGAUGCUGUCACCAAUCAAAUUGAGGAUGACUUUCCGCUUCCUAGAACUGUGUACAAAACACUUUAUUUAGGGAGAAAUGGGUCAAUGGAUAUGCGCACUCCAGCUGGCAAUCAUACUGCAUCGUACAAUUCCGAAGUUCCUCAAUCUCGUGCUAUCUUUACCCUGAGAUUUAAGGAGAGAACAGUUAUUACAGGUAUACCCAAGGCGGUGCUCUAUAUGUCUAGCCCUUCUUCUGAUGACAUGGAUGUAUACGUCAUGAUCCGGAAGCUUGACGCAGAGGGGAAGCCUAUGCUUUGCCUUAAUGUUCCAUGGUCUUCUAUAGGUCCAGAUUCCUUCGAAGAGAUUCCCGAUGAAAUGGCAACGGACUUAAUCGUGUACAAAGGACCAGUUGGUAUAUUGCGCGCGUCUCACAGAAAGGUCGAUCAUCAUCGGUCCCUGCAUUCAAACUACCCUUUUCAUUCCCACUCAAACGCUCAAAAAUUGCAAUCAGGGGAGGUAGUCAAGAUUGAAAUCGGUAUUUUCGCGAUGAGUAUCGAGUACCAGGCAGGGGAAGCUCUGCAACUUGAGAUAUCCGGGCAAUCUCCACAAGAGGUAUCAUUUAAUGAAAUAAAGGGACAAACCGGCAACCAAAGUAAUCAAGGAAAUCAUCUUGUGCAUUUCGGGACGCAAUAUCCUAGUCACCUCAUCCUCCCAUUUGUUUAG